GUGGAGGUGCAAGAUCAAACAUAAGUGCGCGCGUGUGGUUCGUAUGUGUAUACAUGUGCCAUCCCCCGUGUCAACGGUAAGCGAGAGAGAAGAGGACUGGCGCCAACGGAAGCCGGAACCAAAAAAUGGAUGCGACGUCACGGCGACUCAUUUCCGGACUGCUUUUGUUCGCCUACACCACCUCGCACCUUAGUCAUGCUAAAAAGGGAUCCAACGACUACGGGAAGCGGAUCGGGACCUUCUCGAAAGAGGAUUCUGGUAACAACGGGAUUAAAGGCGACGUGUACGCCGUGGACGACUCGACCAUAUUCAUAAAAGGAUUCUACUACAAUGGUGUCGUUCCUACGUACUUCUGGGCCGGAAACGGCUCGGAGGUCCACCGGGGUUUCAUCGUCCCGUACCCGGAGGUGGAGAAGGGCAUCAAACCGCCGAUGCUCGAAGCGCACAACUACACGGACAUCAUACUGAAGCUGCCUGACGGGAAGCGGAUACGGGACAUCAACAUGCUCAGCAUUUGGAACGAUCGAUUCGCCAUACCCAUCAGCUACGUGAAAAUCCCGCCUGAUCUGAAGGUACCAAAGGCUAGAGUGCUGCCAGAGUUCUCGAGGCUGGCGCACGGUCUACGUAGCGGGAACAUCACCAUUCUAGAUAGCAAAACUUUCUACAUACCGAAUUUACACUACGACGGCGGCGGCCCGGACGUUUAUUUCUGGGUGGGGAACGGUUUGCAGCCCAACACAUUCGGCACCAAAGUGCCCAACGAGAGGAAAAGCUUGGCUCCGCUGAGAGGGUACCAAGGGGAGGACAUCGAGAUAGUAUUGCCAGGGAACAUGACCGUGUACGACAUCGAUUGGCUGUCGGUGUGGUGCGUCAAGUACGGGCAGAAUUUCGGCCACGUUUUCAUCCCGAAGGACCUCAGAGUACCGCCUGCCCUCGGUCAGACAAAAAUCACGCCGCCUUGGUGGUACGAUCCUACGAGCAGCACACCGACGCCGCCGCAGUUCCAGCACGAGCUGACCAACUGCAAGGAGCUGCUCAACGGUCGGGUGCAGGUGCAAUGGGAGCUGGUGGGCGAGGACGUGAAGAUAAAGGUGUCGGGGCGAAUCAGGGAGGAUCAGUACGUGGCGUUCGGUCUGUCGGGCAGCGAGGGGAAGCCCGAGAUGAUCGGCGGCGACGUGGUCGUAGUCGCGUACAACAACAACACGGGAAAGUUCAUCGCCGAGGACUACUACAUGUCCAAUUACGCGCAGUGCGAUGGAAACGAGGGCGUAUGUCCUGACGAGAGGGUCGGGGGCGAAAACGACGCCGUCCUGGUGCACGGAGAACGGAAGAACGGGGUGACGACAGUCACCUACAUGAGGCCUCUGAGAACCAACGAGCCGGUCAAAGACAAGAUGAUCCCGGAUUCAAAGACCAGCGUGAUCGCGGCGAUAGGAAGGCUGAACUCGAGAGGGGAAGCCAAUGCUCACGAGAGCUUCGACAAGACCACCGAGGACAUACGCAUCGAUUUCACGUCGAAGAACGUCCGGGAUUGUAAAAAUUCGCUGUACAAUCUGCCGGAUAUGCCUGACAUCAAGGCUUGGUCGCCGUUGGAGAUCACCAAUGAGACCACCUUCAGCGCGAGGAUCGGCCCUACUGGCGGUAACAGAGGCUACUCGAGGAUCACAGGUCUACCUUCAUGGGGCAUCGCGUGGUACAUCAACGAUCUGUUGAUCCCGGAGCUCACCGUCAAGAGGGGACAGACGUACACGUUCAUAGUGGAGGGCGGGAACGACUCCACCGAGACCUCGAGAUACCACCCGUUCUAUAUCACCGACAGUCCAAAGGGCGGAUUCUCUCAAAAGACUGAGGAGCAGCAGAUGGAGGAAAAGGUGUACGCCGGGGUGAAAUACAACUCGGACGGGUAUCCCUACCCGGAAUCAGCUGGACGUUCUUGCCAGUGGGUCCACAAGACUGUGGACAUGAGCGCGGAUAUGGAGACCUUCGAAGAUUUCUUUGAGACUCUUAGAUUAGAGUGCGACGAAGGUGAACCGGCCAAACUCAUCUGGACAGUGGCCGAGGACACCCCAGAUUUGGUGUACUACCAGUGUUACACGCACAAUAACAUGGGCUGGAAGAUACACGUUAUCAGCAGCGCGCACACAACCGUACCGAUCAUGUCAAUGGUCACAACGCUCGUCGUCGGUCUCUUAAAGCUCUCGAGAUGAAUCCCUCGAUCGUCUUGCG